UCAUCCCGUCCUCGCCGCCGCAAAACUAAAAUUGAACAAAUUCCUGACAAAUUGGAAUUUGGUUUAGUUUUUUUUAUUUUUUUCCGAGAGCUUUCGCCUUGCCCUCUGGUUUCUCGGUCAUUUCUUGUGGCGGCGAAAUUUGCUCACAUUUUUCUUCCUUUCUUUUUUGCAUCGUUUUUGUGCUCCCGUUGCUAUUGUUUCUACAACAUUUCCACGCAAGAUUUCGUCUCAAAUAUGCGCUCGGCCAUUAUGAUUAUUUCUACAUUGCGUUCACCUACCCCCUGACCACUCGUCCUGGGUCCUGUUGAAAAAUGACACUUUACAACACUUGUAAUUUGUUCCCUGGUGCCCAGAGUCCUACGGACUCCAAUGCAGGACAGGGGGAUUGUGCGAAAUAGGAUGGUUCCCUGGGAGGAAAACAAACCAAUUUUGUUUUUUGCAUUUUGUUUGUUACUCAACAUUGGUUAAGAUGGCCAAAGGACUUUAAGAAGUGUCGUAAAUUAUAGGGUCGGUAGUAUUUUUUACAUACCAUUAUGAUUUGGGCUGGUCUAUGUUUUCAUUGCAAUCUUAUAAGGCAGAUCAUUAGCAGAAUUCAGUUCUGUUUUCUGAGUUUCUACCAAAAAUAUAUAUUAUUUAUUUCUUAUAACCCUUUCAAAGUACCCUCUAUAAAACAGUUUUCAAUCCCCACUUUAUUUGGGAUUUUGUAAUAAACACGCACUGAUUGUAAAAAUGAAUGCUACUUGAUUACCUGGAAAUGCGGCAACAAUCCAGGUAACCGCAAUUUAAUCAGCCUGCUAACAAUGGCUGCUCAGAAUAUGAAACCCGACCGCAAAACCAAAUGUUUAUUAUUUAACAUUCGAAUUAAAUGCAUUAUUUAUAGAUUUUGGAUAAUUACAAAAAGUCACAUUUGCAAUCGACUAAUUUAAAUUACAUCGAAUGCCUAAAAUCAAAAAGGGAGUCCAAAUGUUGCGGUUAUUAUAUGUAAAUUAUUAAAAUCAAGAGAUUUCGGGCCGGGCGACCGAAGUGUUAUUUAUAGUAUUUCAAUAGCGGUAAUCAAAUAUUUUUCAGGCUUGGCUCAAGUGUGUUAUUUUAAAAAUUAAGUAUAAUGCCACUUGGGUAUGCCUUCAGGUGGACAAAUAUUUUAUAUCGUAAUAAAAUCAAGCAACUGUUUGUAUAAUCAAGCAAUUACAAAUAAUAUUUUGGAUUUGCGCGGUUACAGAGCCAUGCCAAUGGAAAAAAAUCUAUUUUUAUCUGUUAGGCAUUCAUAGUGCAAUGUUAAUUUAGACAUUUUAAUCACAGUCACGACCUAUUCCAUUCGUUUAUGGCGACAGCCUUUGAUGGAUGCCCAUCCAGCCUUCCCACUCUGAGUGCGUUCGUAUUUUAGUAAUUAAAAGACUGUAUCGUUUUUCUUGGCCAGCUAAACUUUCCUAAGACAAUCAAUAAGCCCUAAUGAAAUGGAAAAUGAUGAAAUUGCUAGAAACAGUGGGUCGGAGGUGGGGUCGACGAUGUGACCGUUAUUAUGAACAGACAAGGGGCAUUAUUAAGUCACGUAGCAUCGUGUGUAGCUGACAUUUUCUUCAAUUAUCGUACUUAUAGUUUCCUGUCGCGUUGAGUCCGACUACUUUUAGACUAGACUUUUUCUCCGCUGACUGCUCUUCUUUUUCUGUCUUUCGGGUUAAAUGAAUUGUGGGUGGAAUACGUGGUUAGUUCUCGGUGACAGAAACUUGGGGCUCUUUCAAGUGUUACUCGGCAAAGGGCUUUUUCAUUCACCACCCCUAAAAGCUUAAAAAUCCCACAGCUUCAAAAUAUGUUUAACUCAUAUCCAGUAAUAAUUUUCAUAUAAAAAUCAAAAUACUUAGGCCUCUCUCGAGCCAAGUUCAAGUUGCCAAAAUCGAUCGGUUCAAAACAAUUAACGACGAUUAAUAAUUCCAACGCGUGCAAUAUGUAUAUAAACAAAUCCCAAAAAACCUAUUCAAAAUCAGUUUGUCAGUGAGCAACGAUCGCGUUUCGGGUGCGGAUGGGCAACGGAUCGAAUUUAAUAAACUGAAUUUUUUGAAGAGAUCGUUUAUCGAUUUUAAAUAAAGAUACAAAUUAACCUUAAGCUCUGGUCCGAUAAAAUGUUAUUCCUAACUUCCCGGCUCGACCAUACAGAUGAAGAGGUUUUUAAAAUCAAACAAUUGAGGCAACUGGUGGAAAAAUGCGAUGAGCUAUGCGUAGGAACAGAUGACACAAUGCUAACCAAGUUCCUUCACUAUACCCGGUGGGAUACAAUAAAGGCGUACCAGGCUAUCCAUGCCUACUAUGAGUUCAAGAGGCGCCAUCCAACUUGGCUGGCCCGUCAUUCCAUUGAGCACUACCGCCCCCUCUUUUAUGGCACCCACUGCCGUUUUGUGAUGCCCCACGUGGACCGGGAUGGACGUGUUCUGGUCAUCUUUAAGACUGUGGACGGGUUUCAGCGGUUCCCAGAUUAUCUUCAAAGUCUCGUCGAAAUGGACGACCUCAUCUUCGAGUCCUUGCUUCUGCUGCCACGGGUCCAGGAAAAGGGCAUUACAGUCAUCUGCGACCUGCAAGGAACCACUCGAAAUUUCCUGAGACAGUUUUCACCGGCGUUUAUGAAAGUCGUAAACGAAAAGAACGGAGUCCUGCCCUUCUCUCAGCGUAUUGUCCACAUCAUUCAAAGGGGAUUUCUCAUGCACGUAACAUCCACACUCUUCAUGCCCUUUAUGAACAAGGAGUUUAAAGAACGAAUCUUCACACAUGAUGGACGCCAUUUGAGCAAACUGCGGGAAAUGGUUGGCUACGAGAGCCUUCCGGCGGAAUAUGGCGGACCCGCCUCAAAUGUCCUCGACACAGACCUUAUAUUUAAUCAUUUGUUGCAAAACGCAGACUAUCUGGAAAAGUUACAGAAAUAUGAGAAGCUAUAAGGAUAAAACAAUAUAUAAUCAAUUAAUUGUUUCUUAAAGCUUAAAAAAAUUUAUUAAUAAGUCGUUAAUUAUUUUAAAUACAAAUGUUUAAGAUUAAAAAUAUAUAAUUUAAA